UCUGACUCUCUUUGUCAGUCCGACAUCCUCCGUCUCUCCCUCGUGGACAGAAAUGUGCCAGCCCGAGGUCUUUCGGGGAAUUCAAUGUUUCAAUGAAUUCUUCCAGGUCGAAAUUUAGCAGGGUAAUUAAUCAUGAAGAGCCUUGACAUUAAAACAGAGGAGUGACCGAAAAUUGAUGGCAUGAAAGCUUCGAGUUUCGAGGUACAUGUACAUGGAGAAGCUCAGGGACUCGACAGGAAGUACAAGUUCGGGAAAGGACCGACUGUGAGGAGCUCUGUUUGGUCGAAGAUCGUCCGGGAAAAUGGCUCCGGAAGGUGUAGAGCAGCGGCGACCGCAUCUGCUGAUGGUGCCCUUGGAAGAGCAAGGCCAUUUCGUAGUAUACGUGCAGCUGCUCUACUACCUGAGCCGUUUCGACAUUCGCGUGACAGUCUGCAGUACCACAAAGCGCAACCGGGAGCUGGCCGAACUCCAAUCGAGGGGAGCGUUCAAGGAUCUCGAUCUCCGCUUGGAGGAUGCGUUCUUCGAGUCUGAUGCAGCUACUCGAGCGAAUCAAGUCGGUGCCACUCCGGCUUUGUGGACCGUCGUUUCUGAUAUGAACGAUCAGUUCAAGCCCUACUUGUCGAGACUCUUGGACGAACAAGAUCCCGACGCGAAGCCCAGCUUCAUGCUAGCCGACUUUUUCUUGACCUGGGCACAGGAAGCUGCUGAUAAGCUCAAUAUACCGAGGUACAUGAUGUUCACAACCCCUGCCUGGGCGGCGUGGAGUACCAUGACGGGGAAGGUCGAGAACUGGGAAGCGAGACCGGACGAUCCGGUGACUCCGCCGGGAAUGUUUUCCAUGAGAAUCGGGGACUGCUUGCCACCCAAGCUUCCAUCACUGGUCGAUUUCAGAGACGCGGCGGGUCUUCUCUGCAACUCUUUCGAGGAACUGGAAGGAGGAAUGACGGACGCUCUGCGCGCUCUUAUUCAAAAGCAUCCGACCAGCUCCGGAAAGGUGACGAAAGUUCUGCCCAUCGGGCCCAUGCUGCGGCUGCCAGGAAACCCCGACCCGGAUGCAGUUGAGCACGGGUCCAGUGAUUGCCUGAAGUGGCUGGAUUUGCAAGCUCCCGCUUCUGUGUUGUACGUGGCUCUCGGCACACAGGCGAAAGUGGGAGUGGAAACGUUUGCUGCAAUCGCUCAGGGUUUAGAGGCGAGCGGCGUGCCCUUCUUGUGGGCCUUGAGGCUCUCGCCUGGAGCAGAGGAUCUUUCGAGCGUUCUUCUGCCAGCUUUCAUCGAGCGUACGAAGGGUCGAGGCUUUGUGGAAACGAAGUUCGCUCCCCAACUGCAGAUUCUGAACCACCCAUCGACAGGUGGUCAUUUGUCUCAUUGUGGCUGGAAUUCCACGAUCGAAAGUAUUUGCACCGGAGUACCUGUUAUUUCUCUUCCUCUGCACGGCGACCAGCCUCUAAACGCCAGGGCUCUUGCGGAGAUGUUCAAGACUGGGCUCACUAUUCCCAAACCGAACGGUGUUCUGGCAGGAGAUGAUGUUCUCCAGAGCAUAAGAUCUGUUAUGUUGGGAGAGGAGGGUCUACAGCUGAGGAGAAAUGCGCAGGGUUUGAAGAAGGCUGCACGAGCGAGUCAGGAAGAAGGUGGUAGCUCCAACAUCAAUGUUAAGUGUUUUGUAGAGGAGGUGCUUGCUUCAGUCUCUUGAGAAUGAAUGCCACCACGCAAAAUCACGAAGGGCAUUUAUCGGAACUUUUCCAGGAUUCCUCAAGGUUAGCAUUAGACAUUGAUUCAGACUGCGAUAUCCCUUACACAAGUGAAUGCCGCUCCCAGCCUGUUGGACUGAAGGGAUCCGUUGAUAAUAGAAAGUUUCAUGUCAUUCUUUCUAGCACAGGAGAGAAUUUGAGAUAACAGUGGGUAACAUCAAAUGAAAUAAAUAAACUUCCAAGAUGUUUUAAAAAAUUUCAUCGAAGAUUCUACAACAAGAACCAAAUCUAUUUGUAUAACCCCUAAAUCCAAUCAUGUGAUGUGGAAUCACAAAACCCCUUGUAGUUCGCAAACAAGAUGUGCAACUUGAAAGGUAUAU